AUGGGUGGCGGACUGGCACAACUUCUCGCUGAGAAUGACUACGAACUACUGCUCGAAGACCCGAGUGAGGAGCAGAUGGAUGCCGUAAUCCAAUCGGCCAAGAAGACAAGCUCUAAAGACACAUCAAAGCAAUUCUCCAAGUAUAGCGACAUGCAGAAGCUUUGCGAUGACCUCGACCGGCCCCGAGUCUUCCUCUGGAGCUUACCGCACGGUGGUGUUGGCGACGGAGUCCUCGGCAGUAUGCUACCGUACCUCGAGAAGGGAGACAUCAUCAUCGACUGCGGCAACGAGCACUGGGAGAACACUGAGCGGAGACAAGGCAAGUGUGUCACGAAGGGUAUUCGCUACGUUGGGUGCGGUGUUAGCGGUGGCUACCAAGCAGCGAGACGCGGACCUUCCAUGUGCCCAGGCGCGGAUGAUGAAACGCUUGAGCUCGUGCUACCAAUGCUCAAGAAGAUCGCCGCCAAGGCUCCAGACGGCACUCCCUGCGUCGCUCCUGUCGGCACCGGUGGCGCAGGCCAUUACUGCAAAAUGAUCCAUAACGGCAUCGAGCAUGGCAUGAUGAGUGCCAUCGCCGAAGCCUACGCGAUCAUGCGUGUCGGUCUGUCCAUGUCUCUUGAUGAAAUAAGCAAUGUCUUCGACGAGUGGAACAGCAAAGGUGAGCUACAGCAGACCUUUCUCAUCUGGAUCAGCCGCGACAUCUGCCGAACCAAGGAUCCGAAGACGGGCGAGUACGUUCUCGACACCGUCGAGGACAAAGUCGUCCAAGACUACACCGGCGAAGAAGGCACCGGUAUCUGGUCAAACACCGAAGCCGUCGAACGACACGUCCCAGCUCCGACUCUCACCAUGGCGCACUACUUUCGCAUCGCGUCCGGCGAUCGUCAUCAGCGCGCCACCAUUCAAAAGAUAUUUGGUGUCGGUUCUGGCAAACCCAACGACGACCAUACCGCCGUCUUCCCACCGCAAAAGCUCGAAGGUGUCUCUGACCGGAAAGCCUUCCUCGAAGACCUCCGCAUGGCCGUCUAUACUGCCUGCUUAGCGGCAUACUGCCAAGGCAUGAUCAUCAUCGACAAAGCCGACCGCGCCAACCAUUUCAACGUCAAUUACACCUCGCUCCUCCAGAUCUGGCGCGCCGGUUGCAUCAUUCAAGCCGACUACAUCAACGAGAAGCUUUUACAACCUAUCUACACUUCCAAGAAGGAGAAGCCGGAUGAGAUUAACCCCCUUUACGAGUCAGAUGUCGCAAACGAUCUCAAGCGUGGGUUUCCGCAUUUGAAGAAGGUUGUUGCGAAGGGUGUGGAGGGCGAUCAUGUGAUUCCGGCUUUGAGCGCGACGCUGGAGUAUAUCAAGUAUCAGACAAGUACUGACCUGCCGACGAGCUUCUACGAGGCGCAGUUGGACUACUUUGGAAAUCACAUGUACGACAAGAAGGGGGAUGAUGAGGAGGGCAAGCCGACGGAAGGCAAGUACCAUUACGAAUGGAAGCCUGUCUGA